AAAAGGGGUGGUCACGUGCGGCUGGUGGCCUACGGUCACGUGACGGGCGGCGGGGCGCAGGCAACCCAGGCUGGGAGUUCUCCCGAGGGAAAGCCGAGUGAAGUGGGGGACCCGGAGGCGGUGACAAUGAGUUUUCUUGGAGGCUUUUUUGGUCCUAUUUGUGAGAUCGAUGUUGCCCUUAAUGAUGGGGAAACGAGGAAAAUGGCAGAGAUGAAAACUGAAGAUGGCAAAGUAGAAAAACACUAUCUCUUCUAUGAUGGAGAAUCUGUUUCAGGAAAGGUAAACCUAGCCUUUAAGCAGCCUGGAAAGAGGCUAGAGCAUCAAGGAAUUAGAAUUGAAUUUGUAGGUCAAAUUGAACUUUUCAAUGACAAGAGUAAUACUCAUGAAUUUGUGAACCUAGUGAAAGAGCUAGCCUUACCUGGAGAACUGACUCAGAGCAGAAGUUAUGAUUUUGAAUUUAUGCAAGUUGAAAAGCCAUAUGAGUCAUACAUCGGUGCCAAUGUCCGCCUGAGGUAUUUUCUUAAAGUGACAAUUGUGAGAAGACUGACAGACUUAGUGAAAGAAUACGAUCUUAUUGUUCACCAGCUCGCUACCUAUCCUGAAGUCAACAACUCUAUUAAAAUGGAAGUGGGCAUUGAAGAUUGUCUGCACAUAGAGUUUGAAUAUAAUAAGUCAAAGUAUCACUUAAAGGAUGUGAUUGUUGGAAAAAUUUACUUCUUAUUAGUAAGAAUAAAAAUACAACACAUGGAGUUACAACUGAUCAAGAAAGAGAUCACAGGAAUUGGACCCAGCACCACAACAGAAACAGAAACAAUCGCAAAGUAUGAAAUAAUGGAUGGCGCACCAGUAAAAGGAGAAUCUAUUCCAAUAAGGCUAUUCUUAGCAGGGUAUGACCCAACUCCCACAAUGAGAGACGUGAACAAGAAGUUUUCAGUAAGGUACUUUCUGAAUCUCGUGCUUGUUGAUGAGGAAGACAGAAGGUACUUCAAGCAGCAGGAGAUCAUCCUGUGGAGAAAAGCACCUGAAAAACUGAGAAAACAGAGGACGAAUUUUCACCAGCGAUUUGAAUCUCCAGAAUCACAGGCAUCUGCAGAACAGCCUGAGAUGUAAGCCAAAUAGGACAGAGUGGCAAGAACAGGAACUGGAGCCAAGAGGUGAAGCUCAGCAGAUUAAAGAUGGUUGGUCGCAGCGUGGGCAAAGUCUGACUCCGUGUCUGCUAGUCUUCCUUAUCCUAAGUGCUGCAUUUAUUUUACAGUAUGAAUAAAGGUUCUUUGUGUAUAUACAUUUUAAAACAUGCUUUCUUGGAAACACUGGAGAAUUCUUACGCUGCCUUUUUUGUUUUCUUUUGUACUGCACACUGAUAAGCACUCAGAUGCAUCAGCAUAAACAUUAAGGAUUUUUUGUGUGAGUCAGCUGGUAUUUGUAAUUUUGCUUUCUUUAUGCAAAAUUUGAAAGUCUUUAUCUCUUUUUUCAUGCUAAUGAUUACCUCUUAUUCUCUAUGUGCAAAAAAAUUAAAUAAUUUUGUUCAAGUAAAAUGAGAAAACCUGGGCAGCCCUUAUGUCCUGCAAAGUUUUAAGGUGUGGCUCCUCAGUAUUUUUGAGAAUUGUGUUUGUUUUUACAUGUGUAUCAGAAACCAAGCUGGUGUUGCAUGGUAGGUGCUUCUGAUCUACCAUUUCACAGCCUCAUGAAUUUUCAUCUUUGAGGUCUCUGAGGUAUAUUAGGUUUUUUCACCCAAGGGAUUACAUGGCAUGUUAUUGUGGCCCUCUUCCCACAUUAUUACUUUCUGCAUCACUAUGUAGGUUCUACAGUGUGAGCUGACACGUUGUUAAACCUGAAUCACUUCCCAUAAAUACUUUGAAACAUGUAUAUAUACACUUUAAUUUAAAGACUUUCCCCAUGCGAAUGCUUGUAUUCACGUGGGAAUGCGUGGGCUCAGGAGGACCUGUGAAGCAUCUGCAGUGUCCGGAUCCCGGUCUUGUUAGAUGGAGUGCUGGCUAGUUCACACUCACAUUCAGAUUUCACCUAGUCUAUUUAAAAAAAAAAAAAAAAAACACUAAGUUCAACUCAGUUGUUCAGUGUCUCUAAAGAAGGCUGCAGUCAUCUGAGCACAGACACUACUGUGGACUCUGGGGGCAGGACAGAGCCUGCUGUGUGGGAGCUGUGGUCACUCAUGGGCCAUUGGUUUUAUUGUGCCAUUAUUCUUGAUACAUCUCAGCUAACCUAACUUUCUGAGGAAGCUGAACAGCACAGUUAUGUUUCUUUAAACCUAUUUUACUAUGAUGGCACUUUGAUAAAAUGGCCAGCAACCAGCCCUGGCCAAAGGUUCCACGUCCCAUGUCCUGGAGCAGCUAUUGUAAAUGUGGAUUUCUAAGAAUGGCCAUGUUUUCCUUCAUGUAAGUGCCUGUUCAGAGUUUCAAAUUUUCAAAAUGCCAAAUAUUUUCAUGGUCACUUGCAUGUAGUAAUCUAGGAGAUACUCAGAGAUUUUGAAAACCAAUUGUAUUUAACCAGCCUCAAGUUGUGCAACCAUGAUAUAUAAUAAAUAAUUUGAAACAGAAA